AUGGAUUUCAGGGAAAUUCUCCUGAUGGCUUCCAAAGGACAAGGUGUCAACAACGUGCCGAAAAGGUACAGUUUGGCUGUGGGUCCUCCCAAAAAAGACCCAAAAGUUAAGGGUGUCCAGUCAGCAGCAGUACAAGCAUUUCUCAGAAGGAAAGAAGAGGAACUCAGGCGAAAAACCUUAGAGGAGAAAAGAAGAAAAGAAGAACUAGUCAAAAAGCGAAUUGAGCUAAAGCAUGACAAGAAAGCAAGAGCCAUGGCCAAGAGGACGAAGGAUAAUUUCCAUGGUUACAAUGGGAUUCCUGUUGAGGAAAAGUCAAAGAAAAAGCUAGUGAUGGAAAAUCCCACCAGCCAGGGAACAGACCAGGAGUAUGAGAUGGAAGAUGAUGAUGACUUCUUAGAGUACAAUCAAGCGGAGUCAGAUCUGGAGUAUGAGGAAGAGCCUGAGCCUCCCAAAGUUGAAAGCAAGCCAAAGGUCCACCUCAAAAGUGCCCCACCACCUAUGAACUUCACGGAUCUACUGAGGCUGGCUGAGAAGAAGCAAUAUGAACCAGUGGAGAUCAAGGUAGUGAAGAAACCAGAAGAGCGGCCUAUGACUGCAGAAGAACUUAGGGAGCGAGAAUUCCUGGAGCGAAAGCAUAGGAAAAAGAAACCAGAGACAGAUGCACGACUACCUCCAGCUGUGUCCAAAAAGGCACCAUCUCAGAAAGAAAGUGUAGGCACAAAACUUAAUAAAGUUUCUGGGGACAAGAUUUCUUCUUCUAAAGGAACCACCUCUCUUCCUCAUGCUGAGAAGAAAUCCAGACCCAGCACAGCCAAUGAGAAACACUUAGGCUUGUUGUCAUCUAAACCCAUAUCAGGAGAGAGGACCAAGGCAGUAACUGGCAAUUGCUCCCAACCCUCACUUCGUGAGGGCCAUGACAGACCUGUUUUCAAUGGGGCAGGGAAGCCCCAUUCUAGCACCUAUUCACCAAGUGUCCCAAAGACUUCUGUUUGUGGGACUGUGAAAUCUGCUACUGAACACAAAGCCAAAAAACCUCCUUCCCAUCCUAGCCAUUCCAGGCCUGGGCCCACAGUCUCCUCAAGCAACAAGGUAAAGAGUCCAGGUGUCAGGCAACCAGGCAGCGGCUCUAGCUCAACCCCAGGGCGCUCCAGCACAGGAAUUGCUCGACCCACCGAUGUGUUCAAGCGCCAGAACGGCAGUUCUAGCUCAGGACCUGAACGGUCAAUCAGUGGGACCAAGAGGCCAGCCAGUGACUCAUAUCCCUCUGGUCGGACAGUCAGUGGUGCAAGUGGCCCUGGGCGGCCCAUGAGUGGCUCAGGUGCUUCUGGAAGACCUGUGGGCAGUUCUGGCAGCCUUGGACGACCUGUGAGCAAGCCACAUGAUCUUCGGCGACCAAUGAGCGGCUCGGGUCCCCCUAGGCGAUCAGGAAGUGACUCGGUUUCAGCUGGACAGACUGUCAGACCAGUAAGCAGCUUGGGACCUAGGCAAACAAUUAGCAGCUCAGGUCUCCCUGUAAAGCCUAGAUGCACCGUUGUUUCAGAAACAAUUUCUUCUAGGAAUAUCAUUAGCCGGUCUAGCAAUGGACAGAUGAAUGGAAUGAAGCCGCUCCUGUCUGGCUACAGAUCUGCCCACGGUCCUCCAAGGCUUCCCUUCGCUUCUGGUUACAAAAGGCACCGAGAGUAUGACGAGGAAGAUGAUGAGGACUAUGACUCGGAAAUGGAAGAUUUUAUUGAAGAUGAAGGAGAGCCUCAGGAAGAAAUAUCCAAGCACAUUCGAGAAAUUUUUGGCUAUGACCGAAAAAAAUACAAAGAUGAAAGUGAUUAUGCCUUACGUUACAUGGAGAGUAGUUGGAAAGAGCAGCAGAAGGAAGAAGCAAAGAGUUUAAGACUAGGUAUGCAAGAGGAUUUAGAGGAAAUGAGACGUGAAGAGGAAGAAAUGAAACGUCAAAAGAACAAGAAGUUGAAGAGACGUUAG